AUGGCGUGUUUCCUGGUGUUUCUGCUGGUCCUCCAGGUGCAUGCUGCUCCACCUGAGCUCGUUCAGGCAGGACUAACUCCGGGCGUCCAUCCAGGACUAGCAGCAAACGUUUCUGAGGAUGCAACACCAGCUCCACCUCCGGGAACGAGCAAACGGACUCCACACAGCAUCAUUAUUGGGGUACGCAAAGGGGGUACAAGGGCCCUGUUGGAGAUGCUGGACAUUCACCCUGAAGUCGCUGUUGCUGCCACCGAGGUGCACUUCUUUGACUGGGACGACAACUACGCCAAGGGCCUGGAGUGGUACCGGCAGCUCAUGCCCUACUCGUACCCCCAUCAGAUCACCGUGGAAAAAACUCCCGGCUACUUUACGUCUGCUCUCGCACCGGAGCGGAUCUGCGCCAUGAACUCGUCCAUAAAACUGCUGCUGAUCCUGCGGGACCCGACACAGCGGGUCAUCUCGGACUACACCCAGGUGUACUUCAACCGGCUGGAGAACCACAAGCCGGUGCAGGCCAUCGAGAACCUGCUGGUGCACAGCGGAGCCCUGAAUAUCCGCUACAAGGCUAUCCAGAGGAGCUUGUACGACGUCCACAUGCACAACUGGCUGCACCACUUCCCCCUGGAGCAGAUACACAUCGUAGACGGGGACGCUCUGAUCCGGGACCCUCUGCCAGAGCUCCAGAAGGUGGAGCGCUUCCUGAACCUGCCUCCCAGGAUCGUGUCCUCCAACUUCUACUUCAACCAGACGAAAGGGUUUUACUGCAUCCGGAGCGACGGGCGCGAGCGGUGCCUUCACGAGUCCAAGGGACGCCCUCACCCGUCGGUUAACGGAACGGUUCUGCAGCAGCUGCGCUCCUUCCUACGAGAACACAACCGGACCUUCUUCAGGCUGGUGAAGCGCACGUUUGACUGGCAAUAAGAAUAAUCCCAGUCUGGACUCCCCUGAGCCGCCACCUGUUUGAAAUAAAUAUAAAAGUGAAGCACUUUACACCCUGAAAGAACCUCUGAGGAGCCUUCUGCCAG